GGAGAGAAUACAGGUUUUCUAUGAGAAGCUAUCAUGCUGUGUGAUUCAAAGAUUAUAACUGGUUGGGAAGGAUGGACAGGUUUCGGGGUAAACAAGAAAACAACAGCUAACAUUGAAGACCUAACAACCAUAGCAGGUACAGCGUCAGCGUCUGGUGGGAACCAAGCAGAUUGCGUAGUAAUCAGAAACUCUGUGGGGAACAUCAUCGGAUACAUUAAGAAGAAUGAGAUCAAUCAUGAGUUUGACACCGAGAAGACAGAAGAACAGAGGAAAAGAGAUAAAAUGGAGAAAGCAAUGGAUAGAGAAACAGAAAAAAACGAAAAUAAGCUUGUCAGAGGAUUUGAGAAAGUUGUUGCUGGAAAGAUGAAGCAACAUGCCAAAGACAUACAAAAGAGAAUCGCAGAACUGAAAAAGGAACUCAAAGAACACGAAAAGAAACUAGAAUUAGAUAUCAGUAAACGACAGAGAAAACUAGAGAUUGAUAUCAAAGAGAGCAAACAAUUCGAGAAAGAAUUGAAGAAAAGAGAAACAAAGAAAGAUGGACUUCAACAAGUAAGUAAUAAGAAAUAA